AGUUUGUUGUACUGUGCACGGUGCGCUGGUUGUCAAGAGACGCAGCAGCACUUCAAUUUCCGUACGUAAAAACAGAGCUGUUUGCCCCCAUUCACUCAAAGACCGCUUAUUACAGCAACUGCGGGUUCCCUGCAGUUCCUUUUUUUUCGAAAUAGUUAUCGAUGAUAAAGUUUUGCUAUUGAAGGCAUUCAUCUAUACUCCUCAAACGAUGAGCUCUCCGCGAAGGCCCAUCACACCCAUCGAGAUUCUGCGCAACUGUCGCGGCAAGGAGGUUUCCAUCGAACUCGCCGACGGCGAGACCGUCAACGGCAUCGUGAUGCGCACCGACAGAGCGAUGAACAUCGUCAUUAAGCAGUGCACGCGUACCGGUGCGUCCGGUGAUGCGUUCUGGAAGGCGCGCGAGUGCUUCGUGCGUGGCGCAAGUGUGAAGAACGUGCGCCUGACAGAUAGCGCGUUGACGGCACUUCCGGCGUCGAAGCGUCACAAAGGGUCGGGUGGCCGCAGUGCGCAUGCGCACAGGGACAAGGCACCUGCAGGUGGGAAGAAGCCGCCCAAGUAG